CGAAACUAUCGCAACACGGAAGUGUCGGAAAGAAAACAAAUAAUCGUUCAAAUUUGUGUCGAGUUGAGAGGAGCGGAGCGUGAAAACACCGAGAACAGCCCGGAUCACCGAGUUUCUACCAACCAGCCUUUCAAGAUGUCUUUCCUGUUUGGGAGGAAGAAGACUCCGGAUGAGAUGCUCCGGCAGAACCAGCGGGCUCUGAACCGGGCCAUGAGGGAGCUGGACCGGGAGAGGAUGAAGCUGGAGCAGCAGGAGAAGAAGAUCAUUGCUGAUAUCAAGAAGAUGGCCAAACAGGGACAGAUGGACGCCGUGAAGAUCAUGGCGAAGGAUCUGGUCCGCACGCGGCGCUACGUGAAGAAGUUCAUCAUGAUGAGGGCGAACAUUCAGGCCGUCAGUCUGAAGAUCCAGACGCUGAAAUCCAACAACAGCAUGGCGACGGCCAUGAAGGGCGUCACCAAGGCCAUGGCCACCAUGAACAAACAGCUGAAACUGCCUCAGAUCCAAAAGAUCAUGAUGGAGUUUGAGAAGCAGAGUGAGAUCAUGGACAUGAAGGAGGAGAUGAUGAACGACGCCAUCGACGACGCCAUGGGAGACGAGGACGACGAGGAGGAGAGUGACGCCAUCGUGUCCCAGGUCCUGGACGAGCUCGGUCUCAAUCUGUCCGACGAGCUGUCGAAUCUGCCGAGCACCGGGGGCAGCCUGGCGGUGGCCGGGGGGAAGAAGGCGGAGCCUCAGGCGGCGCUGGCCGACGCAGACGCCGACCUGGAGGAGCGGCUCAACAACCUGCGGAGAGACUGAACCAACAGCUGUUAAUACAAACAUACUCGAAUCUCUGUGUUUAGAUUCUUUUCGGAGGUGAAACGGGCAGACCGAGGGGCGUGGCUUUCUGUUUGAGGUGUUUCCAUUUUACGCGUGUAUUAUGUAUUUAAUCAAAACAAAGAGGGGAGUUCUCCUCUGUAGGUCUCGUUUAAGACAUUUGCCAAAUGACACAAAUGAUCUGAAAGUGAAAACUUAUUUCACAGAUGACUAACUCCUCCAGGCAUGAUGCUUGUUUUCUCAAAUUAAAAUAACACUAAAGAGCCCAAACGACAGAAGGCGACAGACAGGAUGGAGGUUUUAUAUGUCGGCACUUUUUCUACAUCAGGCCGGUUUAGAGUUGUUUGUAUCCACGUCAUCAUUUAUCAUGUAAAACACAGUUUCAGCCCUGAUGUGAUGCUUUUUGAUGACUUUUAAUUCUGUUUAUGUGUGGUCGGGUUCAGAUGGUGAGCAAAAAGUCUAUCUCAGAACCUUUUCUCUCUAAAUUCACACAUGGGACGAUUUAUUUCUCACAGAUAUAUAAAGGAUGAGGGAGAGAGACUCUCGGCCGCUCCUGUUUACUGCCUGCUGCCUCAGCAGUUUCUGA